UGUGUGAUCAACUUCUUCGACGAGGACGAGCACUCUCAGCCAUUCCAGAAACCACCUCACGUGGAUCAACCCAUAUCCACUCUUGUUUUAUCUGAAUCAACCAUGGUGUUUGGGCACAGACUCGGGGUCGAUAACGAUGGCAACUUCAGGGGCUCACUAACUCUCCCACUAAAGGAAGGGUCGUUGUUGGUGAUGAGGGGUAACAGCGCAGAUAUGGCUAGGCAUGUAAUGUGUCCCUCGCCCAACAAAAGAGUCACAAUCACCUUUUUCAAACUCAAACCAGACUCCGGCAAGGUCCAGCCGCGGCCCAUCACUAACCCCGUCUCCCUAUGGCGACCAGGCACCCCAGCUCCUCCAGCCUGCGGCAUGGUCAGAGCUCCACUGGUGAUGCUAGCUCCGGCUCCCAAGAGGUUGGACGGCGGCACUGGAGUCUUCUUGCCGUGGACACCGCCUGUAUCGUCAAGAAAACCAGCCAAGCAUCUCCCCCCGCGUGUCCAGAGGCUGCGUCUCCUGUCAGCAGUGAAGUCGGUGGCAGAUCGUGAAUCCUCUUCGCCCGAGAUAGGAGUGAGCUGAGUUGGAAAGUGUCACGCACGGAAGCUCUCUUUCUUUUUCUAUUUUGACGAGUCUUUUGGUUGGUUCGGUUGUAUACUUGAGAGAGUUUGGUUGGUUUUUCCCCCUUUUUUUCUUC